AUGCAUACUUCCACUCUUUUCACUUCUUUAGCGCUUGCUUCUUCUGCCCUUGCUGGCUACGAGGUCAAAUGGGACUACAGCGGCCCCAGCUUCUUUGACAACUUUGAUUUCAUCAACGAGCCUGACACCAGCUUCACACAAGGGUUCGCUCAAUACGUCAGCCAGGAUGAGGCUACCUCGAUGGGCCUUGCCGGCAUUUUAGACAAUAAGGCGCACAUUGGCGUCGACAUGAACAACACAUACGAUUUAGGAAGCACUGGGCGAAAGAGUGUGCGCCUGCAUAGCCACGAAACCUUUGACCAAGGUCUCCUUGUAGCGGACUUUGCCCAUGUUCCGGUAGCAGGCUGUGGGCAAUGGCCGGCCUUCUGGGUCUACCGCGGUGAACAAGCCCAAGGCUACUCCGAGAUCGACAUCCUCGAGAACGUCGACAAGUCGACCGCCAACACCCACUCAUUCUACACCUCCGAAGAAUGCAGCGUGAACUUCGAUGUCGGCAGCCCGCUCAAAACAGACAACUGCCACUACGAUCCUCAGGCAUCAGGCAAACAAGGUUGCAGCUUCAGUGCCGAAGAGGGAACCUUCAACCAGGCCUUCAACGACAAUUACCAGAUCAUUGCUCUGCAGGUCGAGACUGACACCAUGAAGAUCUGGCAUUUCGGUAAGAACGAGAUCCCAGCUGAUCUGAGUGCUGGCACUCCGGAUCCUUCCACCUGGAAGACACCUACUGUUUCUCUUUCGCCUAAGAGCUGCGAUUUCCAGAAGGCGUUCAGCCAGUUCAAGAUCAUCAUCAACAUCACUUUCUGUGGUAGCUGGGCUGGUGGCGCUAGCGACUGGGAUGCACAGUGUGCCGCUGAGACUGGUACCGACUGCAACACCUGGGUUGCCAACAACCCUGAUGAUUUCAAGGACACUUUCUUUGAGUUCAACUCUGUGAAACUCUACCAGCAGGCUGCUUAG